AAAGCACCAUGGCCAAACUAAACCCGCACAAAUUGUCUUGUUAUCGCUGGUAAUAAAACUAUAAAAUUUACAGCCCCAUAUCCUUUAUCGAACCUCAGUGUGUGUAGUGUUCAUGCGUGAGGCUUCACAUUGAUUGUGCACGUCGCUAAUGUCAAAGGUUAAACUCGAGCUCGCGCGAUUGCUGUUGUCCCUCGACGUCAGAAAGAAGCUCGACACACUGCGAUCCAUAACCAUGUGAAACCCAGGUAAGUAUAUUUGUUUUGCAUUCGUACUAAUAUACACUACUGCAUUGCAGUAACGAUAGCACGAUAUGUUAGACACAGGCCAGAGAACAUGAAUCAUACAUAUCAACAUGUGUGUGUACAGGAGCUUGGUUAUGUGUUUGGGGAAAUCUGUUAUUGAAUUAAAACACCGAAUAACAGAAUGGACUUGACACUACUGCUGUUGUGUGGAGUUGCACUACUUGCUGGAAAGUGUCAGUCAGGUGUGGUUAUCCAACCGUGUCCGAGUGGGCAGAAAACGUGUCUGAAUACACCAAUGUCAGCUUAUCCUGCGGUCCGUGCACUGACUCAAUAGACUGGUACAUGGACUGCAGCAACCCUCAAAGUACCCGGUAUCAGUAUCUAGGGGGAUGCAAAAAAACAGACUGCACCUUUCAAUCUGAUUCUUCUUUUCGUCUGAAAGCAACCACAACAGAGACAGGACAACUCGAUGGUGCCCUGGACAUUGUCCGGUGAAAGAGAAAUGAUGCUUGUCGUGUCUGUGCAAGUGUUAUCGAUACUACUUCUACUACAACUCUCUGCCGAUAAUGGAUAUUAUUUGGAAGGCACUGAUUCAUGUCCAGAUAUUUGUAGAAGAAUCUGUUUCAGAAGUAAAGCAGCAAUCAUCAGAAAGCUCAAAUAGUUGGUGGCGCUGGGCGGUGAUUGGUGGAGUUUCUGGACUUGUACUUAUCAUCGUGAUCAUUGUAAUCGUCAUCAUUGUGUGCAGACUUAAACGACGGAAAGAAACCCAGGUCAAAGGAAAGGCAAACCUGAGUUUUCAGCUUUGCCCUGAAGACUUAUAUAAUCAAGACAAGCCAUUGUCCCAACAUUAUGCAGUUUCCAACAAUCUCAAGUCAGAGCCCACCACCAAGCGAGAACCCACUGUCCUAGGUAACCUCUACACCGUCCCCGUCGCAGUGAAUCCUACUUACGGCAAUAAUGACCACAGAACAGUUAAUAAAACAGCUCAGAACCAAAUGUCUGAGAGAAACAGGAGUUUUAACCAUCAGACCAGCAGAGUCGGUUCUAACCCUACACCCAGACCAGCAGUGAAGCCAACACCAAAACCCAAACCAGCUUCAUUAAAGAGAAGGGAUUUAAAUAACAUACCAGCGACUGGCUACAUGAAUAAUACUAAGGUGACAGACUCUGGUGGGUAUAAUGAUCCCUGGGAUAUCAUGCCUGCCUUCACUGAGCCUUAUACCAGGGACAGUUAUGCAGCAGCUGUCUCGCGGUUUGAUGAUAAUUACUUACAGCUUAACGAUGAUUACCUGCAGUUCAACCCUGAUUACCCCAGACAAAAGGCCGAGACUCCUGCUUCCUAUAGCAAUGAGUGUUUCAUUUGAGUUUUGUAAAACUUUCCAAAGGAACUGCUCUUUUUAACAUCUAAGAAAUUACAUGUGUUAAGACAUCAUUCACUGUGAAAUAGAAAAAUGUUGAGAAAGACUUAAGAACAGCACCGCACAUUGUACUUGAAAGGGUUUGGCAAAAGUAUUCGGAUUUUGUAUUUAUGUAAUAAUGAGUCAUGUAUUUACUCAAUACCCUAUAAGAAGAUGUUUUCAUUGUUAAUGUAUUGGGAUUUGCUAUUUUAAGCUGUUGUAGCUCUCAUACUGUAGCCUGCUUCCAUUGCGUAACAUUUCUGUAAAUAUUUUUGCUUUUUGUAAAUAUUUUGAUAUUUUUAAUUGUUACUUUAUAUAGAAAACAGUGUACAAAAUAUACAUCAGUUUUAUAACAAUGACAUAACAAAUUAAAAGUAAGAAAAUUUAACUUAAAUGAGUUUGUGAAAUGUGUGGCUUUAUAUAAAAAAUUGUUUUUUAAGUUAUUUUUAUGGAAGUUGUUGCAACUGAUUACUUUGUCCUUCUACUUGUAAUACUUUAGUUUUUGAGAUAAGAGCAAAACAAUUACAACAUACAAGGAUGGAAGUAUAAACAGCAAAAUUAAUGACUAAUGAAAGACAAAUAUAGAAACGCAACGAGCAAUAUAACCUGAGAGUAUCCUAAAACUGCAAAGGCAGACGAGUAGGAAAACCUCUGACAGACAACACAAAAGGAACAAAUCCACUUGCAUUGUGCAAACAUUUCCUUUAACGAAGAACUUUGUUUUUGUAUCCUCUUCUAUCUCGUUGGCUUCGAUUUAUUUUUGCACCAGUUAGGAGUACUUUGAAUGCGGAUUAACAAUUUAUUUAAUAUUUUGAGCUCUACUUUUUUUGCUAUGUAAGUUUUCUUUCCGAGACUGCGUUGUUGUUGAUGUAACCUGUUAUGUGGUUUUGAUAUGUGAGCAGAAGAGUGUUCUGUAAGAGAGAACACUGUUUAUCGGGUCCAGCUACACAACAUGCUAAAGACAAUGUCAGGUUUACAAACAGCCCCUUAGAAGGCAGUUUUAUACAGUUGUGUGCUCCAGUUAGACAGGUAGAAGCUAAAACGUGGUGAGUUUUGAGGACAGGUGUAUUUUAUUUCCUUGUAACAGAUGAAAACCCUAAACCUGUUGAGCCAGCGCUAUCUAGCUUAUCUCUCUGUCUCUAUCUCUCAAAAAGCAAAUGGUUGCCAACCCUUUCUCAUGCCCUCUCCCAUUUGAUUUGAGGAUGUGUGUGUGUUUGAACGAGUUCUCGUGUCAUAAAAGCCGGUAAUUACACCUGUCACAGUCACACCUGGUGAGUCACAGGCUCUCACACAAGAGGACUGCAUCGUGUGCUGUCAGUGAAACGUGACGAUCGCUGUAUUUCAUUUGAAUGCACAAAGAACACGAAUAAUGAAAGAAAAAACAUUUGGCCAGGUUUGACUACCAUCAAGAAUCUUUUAAUACUUGGAAAAUAUAUAUAAUCUACUACGUUAUUUA